GACAUUUGAAAUAGGAAUGUAAACAGACGCGCAGCCUUGAUUUGACAGAACGGGAAAUGAAACAUUAUCAAUAUCAUAUUUGGUGUUCGUGAUGAGGGAUUAAAAAGAAGAGCUCAAUAUGAUGGGAGAUCAGCUAAUCCUCGAGGAGGAUUAUGAUGAGAAUUAUCAACCCACGGAAGCAGAGAUCCUUGAAUAUGCCACGACAGUAAUUGGCAUCGACCCGGAGACAGAACCUCAUUUGAUGUGGAUAGCUCGGGAAGGGAUCAGUGCUCCACUACCAGCAGAUUGGAAACCAUGCCAAGACACUUCCGGUGGGGACAUCUACUACUUCAACUUCACCAGCGGUGAGAGCACCUGGGACCACCCCUGCGAUGAGUUCUACAGGAAGAUGGUCCAGGAGGAGAGGGACAAGCCGAAACCGGCGGGAGGUUCGGGAGGGCCUGGAAAGAAGGAAGGGAAGAAGAAGAAAGAGAAGAAGGAGAAGAAAGAUGCGGGGAAGAAGAGCCAAGGCACAUCUUCUUCUCUUGGUCCCCUGAAAGACAGUGCGCUAGGAUCACCCCUAGGAAGUCUGAAAGGCACGGGUCAUCUUGGUACCCUGGGCACCCUGCAAGAUCCAGGCAGCACUCUUGGGUCAACGUCAGGGAAGAAAGACACAGGCUUCCUGAAGAAGUCCCUGGAUACCAAGUCAUUGUCUUUAGCAGGCAAUAGGGAGGAGAAUAUACAGAUGUUGCCAGAAUUCUCAGAAGACGAGCCAACUCCAAGAUUAAAUCUAGAUCUUGAUCUUCAAGAUAUUGGCCAGCUGGGUUACGAGGAAUCAGAAGCAAGCGAACCGGCCUUAAAGCAUCUUCACCCUUCUGACGAUGAAAGCGACGAAGAUGAUGUCAAUGUGGACUUUGGUAUUGAUGCCAAUCUCUCCAAGCGUCUCGGUCUAAUGGACGCAGAUAGCCUCAUGCCAGCUACCAGUCCAGAUCCACCUAAAUCAAGGUUUUUAAAGAGUUCAAAAAAGGAAGCAGAGAAAGGGCCAUCCUCUAGACCGCCUUUGUCCCUGGAAUCUUCAUUAGACAGCCCUCGGGUACCAGAUCUAGGCUACUCAGGAACAAAGAUGGGUGGUGGCACGUUCCCCUCUCUUGGUUCCUUGGCACCAUCCUCUGCAGCUCAUCUUCCAAAACUCGACAAUGAGAAACUUCAGAGAGAAGCUAGAGAAGAAGAAGAGAAACUCAGGGCUAGCAUGGAGCAAAGUUUACAGUCAAAGAGAGCAGAGAUGGAGAACGAUUUUGAGAAGGAGCUUGAAGCGGAGGAGGCGACACUGCGCAAGGAGCAGGAGAAAUCCCUGAAGCUGAUGAGGGAGCGUCUGGAGAAGGAGCUGGAGGAUGCCAAGCUGGAGCUCCUGGAGGACAAAGAGGAUCAUCUACGGCAGCUUAAAGAGGAAGCUCAUAAGGAGGAGGAGAAGGAAGAGGAGGCAUUGGAAAAGGAGAAGGCCAAGAGUAUCAGUGAUCUGAGGAAGAGGGUAAAAGAGGAGACGGAGGAGGAGGAAGCAAUGUUGAUGGAAGGAAAGUCAGAUGCCCUCCGGAAGCUGAAAGAGACCAUCAAGAAAGAACAACAGACUGAAGAGGAUAAAAUCAGGGAAGCGAAGGACAAGGCAUUGAAGAGUCUCAGGGAUGAGGUUAGGGAGCUCCGAGAGAAAGAAGAGGAGAAACUGGAAGAAGAGAAGAAGAAGGUGAUGGAUAGGAUUAAGAAGGAGGCGGCGUCUUACCAGGAGGAGAAGAUGGCCGAUUUGAAGAAGGGACAUGAAAUGGAUUUAGACAAGCUGAAAGAAAAGCUCAAAUCCGAGCAGCAAUCUUCACUGGAUGAGCUGAAGAAGACUUUUGAAGAGGAGAUUGAGAAAAAGAAGAUCGAAGCUAGUCAAAAACACAAGAGGGAUAUGGAUGAUAUUCUAUCUAAUCUACGGGAAUCUCAGGAAGAAGAGAGAAGGAGAGAGGAAGAGAAACUGAGACUAAGCCGUGACAAUCAAGCUGCUAUUAGAGAUAUGGAGACAGGGAUGGAUAGCGUCCUUCAAGAACGUAAACAGGCGUUGAAGGAGGAGCAUCAAAAGGAGAUGGAGAGGAUGAAGAAGGAUCAAGAGAAGAAGAUACGAGAUAUGACCAGGGAGCUCAAAGAUGCUGAACAAGAUGAGAAGAAAACAUUGCAGAAAGAGCACGAGACGGAGAAGGAGAAACUGGCAAAAAUCCACAAAUCCGCGCUGAAAGUGUUGAAAGAAGAGUUUGAGCAGAAGAAAGAGGUUUUACACAGCAGCCAUGAAGAUGAGGAAAGGGCCUUGAAGGAGGUCAGCGAAUCUCUGAGUGAGCGGAAGAAGGUCCUUGAGAGGCAGAACAAGGAACUUGAGAGAGAAGAAGAGAAGAUUGCGAGGAGAAGAGCCAAACUGGAGGAAGAGAAAGAGAGACUGCAGCACGAUCAAGAGGAGGUCCUGGAGAUGAAGGGAAGGAGUGGAGACAUCUCUCAGAUGGAAGAUAUGGAGAAGGAGAGACAAGAACUGGUUGCAGCGAUCAAGAAGGAGAGAAGGAUGCUGCAGGAAUUGGAGAAGGAGAAGAAACAGAUGGAGGGGAAAGUCAAGAGUCUGCAUGCACAGUCUAGACAUUUAAAUGGAGGACUCGAUGAAGGCAUGACCAAUGGUUACCAUGACAACCCCUCCACACCACAUAAUGCACGUUUCAGAAGGAAAGCUGACAUUCCCGACACACCCGAUGUCGACCUAUUAGACCUGAACGAGCUUGACCCUCUCACGCCCUCCCCUACGAAACAGGUCCGACAAAUGAUACAUCCCAGAGACUUGGCAAAAUCACCUACUGGUCGGGAUGUUCCAUUCUCAACGGAGCUUGAUGACGAGGAUGACUAUGAGAUGCCGCGUGGGGGAAGGAGGUAUGCCUCUCACAAGGCAAGAGGAAAGCGAGCUGCCUAUGACGACGAUCAGAUGUAUAAUCCUCCUCUCCCAUCGAGACAUAGAGGGCGCCAUGCGUGGCAAUACAUGGAGUCUGAUGCAUCGGAGGAGUUUGAUGAUGCAACUGCCAGGCGGCAGAUGGCUAAGAGUGACCUUCGUCUGCGUCUUGCGGAGGAGAAUGGAGCCAUCAGUCGAGCCAAAGACUUCUUGAAGCGCCAAAAGAGACAGCUUCAUCAGCAGAAAUCAGCUUUGGAGGAUGCGAAGACGGAAUGGAGAAGAGACCUCAGACAAGGCUAUGAAGAGAACGGAGACACCAUAAAAGGAACACCGCUGGUAUACGAAGAUGUGCGACUUGGAUUGGAGAGGGAGGCACUGGAGUUGGACAAAGCCUUGGUGAACUAUACCACCGGGAGCCGUCUGGUGAGAGAGAAGGAGUCUAAACUCAAGAAACUAGAAGAGUCUCUCAAUGACAAAGAUAUAUACAGAGGGAGAGACAUUGGCCAGCAUUCAGAGGCAAAUCAGGACACCAUGUUUAUUUUGAGUGAUUCCUCAGGGAGCAGUCCUAGGACCAACAGUAGCACCAGUGGGGAUGAGUCUUAUAAACAAGAUAUAAGAGGUCACCAUUCUAAGAAGAAGGGGAAAGUGAAAGGAAUGAAGCAAGAUGAGUCGUCUCAAGUUAUCUCCUCUCUGAACAGUCUGAACAAUCAGUUGCAGAAUGUGAUGACUGUGCUGAAACAACGGGAACUCCCGAAUGCACCCGGCGGCCCCACACCAGGCUCUUACUCCACCUCUCCUACAGGGGGAAUACCUCUUCAGAAUGGAGCCCAUGUACCGUACUCCCACCCACCUCAUAAAUAUGCAAACCCUCAUUCAUAUGCCCCGCCCCCACAAUCUGCUUUACCUCGUACUUCGUAUGCAGUGCCUUCGACUGGGCCACUCCCUUAUCAUGGCCCUGCGGGGGCUUAUGAUUAUUCAUCAGCUAGUAGGCGUGGCCUAGGAGGGGGCGGGACCGAGAGGCCGUACACGGUAGGAGGGGGCCGGUUGUUUGAUCCGGUCAAUCCUCAGUACGGGAUGGAGUCUGCUGAGCAAGCCAUGGGGCGGAAGUGGAGGAAAUAUUUUGGAGAUGAGAGGAGAGCGGGUGCUCCAGGUUUUCCAGUAACAGGCAAUGAGAAACCGACGUUUGGGGGCUACAUCUCAGCCAGGGACCAACUGAGAAGUUUUAGAGAUCCUGGCCCAAUGACCUCUAGACCUGUUCCUACGUCAACAGACCAAAGCUCAGGAACUCAGAACAGAUUGGUUGAGCUCAAUGACUGGUUGAAGAAGCAUCGGAUGAGUGGGGCGUUGAACGUCGCGGACCUGGAGCCCACCGUAUCGGGGAGUGAGAGUCGGCGAUCAGCGAACAAUUCCAUCGCGGGGACCAGCUUGGCCAGUCAGAAACCAGCCCAGACCAGGCUUGAGCUGGACUCCAACAACCAGAUAAGAGUUAGAGAAGUCAGGUGAUUUGUAUGUACCACCUGACACUUCAUCAUGUGAUUGAUCACGUGACAACACCAUGCAGGUUUUACCAGUCAAAGGAUAUCCAGUGAGUCACUCAUCACCUGAUAUUUAAAUAAUGUUAUUGAUCAUGUGACUACCAUGCCAGGUCAUAGACAUGAUGAGACAUUGCGUAGCUCGGGUUUUUACCAUUCAAAGGAUGUCCAGUGCUCACCUGAUACCCAGGUCAUGUGAUUGAUCAUGUGACUGAACCAUUCCUGUGAUUCCAGAUCCUAUCUUUCAUAUUGGCCAAUCUGUGAAUGAAACAUGUUUUUUUACAGGGUAUGUUGUUUAGAAAUGUUCUAUUACUCAGAAUUUAGAGAUGAAUAUUUAUUGAUGAUAAAAGUGAACAUGCCUGAGUCGUAUCACUUUGGACCAGAGAAAUCUGUUUGAUUUACAAGAAAUUUGACUCAGAAGAAGUGAAUAGCAAGUGUGUUGCAUAAUCUGUGCCCCUCAUUACAAAUGUGAGCAGUUGGUCGUAGGGCUGGUUUUCACACUUGAUUACAUCCAUCACGAUGUGCAAUCAAGCACACGAAUCAACAGUACGAUCGAUUGUUAAAGAUUUGUGCAACAGGCCCCAGGUCUGGAAAAUUGCUUCAACCUCAACAAUUAUUCUACUUACAGAAGAUCAACUUAAAUAUGCAGACCUAACUGUAACCAUCUGGAUUUUUUGGCCAGUUUAUGCUAAAGCAAUAGACUUACAACAGAAAAUGAAUUAUGUGCAUGUUACAUGAUGUUAUACAUGAAAAUGCUUUGAUUUACAGCUUUCUAUUUUUAUAAAUAAUUUUCUAACAUGAAGGUCAUUGCAUUUGCAGUUAAUUGUUGUCUGUAUUCUAUAAUGCUAUUUAAAGGAUGGGGGGGUCUUCACAUUUUAAGUUUUUCCCUUUGAAAAUAUUCAACAAUUAACUUUCAGUCGUGAGCCUGCCAAAAAUCAAACACAUCUUUCAAUCAUUUUUUUUUAAAUCACUUUACAACACAACUUGGCGUCAAAGGAUUGCUCAGAAUUUAAAAGCGUACAUGCUUGUUUUGCCUCUAGUUUUUGGUAACUGAAUGCAUCUCUGAUUAACAUGAAACUAUAAAUCAAAGUAUUUAUACAUAAAUAUGCAAUUAUUUGAAAGUUUCAAUGUACUUGUAUUUCUUUUUCUUUUUACUGUUGGCUUCAUUUCAAAAUUUGUCCAAUAAGUGUUGUACAGUACAUUACCAGAUGUGUAGAGUGUACGAUGCAGAAUGGCGGAUAUGCAAUCAUUUUGUUUUUUCUUUGCAAUUGCAGUGAUAUUUUCUCCUGUUUGGAGAAUAAACAUUUAUGGUAAAUGAAAAGAGAGUUUCGCACAAGCAUGUAAUCUUGGGAGUCCUAACAGUAUUAUGUGCUUUUUUUCCUCGGGAUAUUUUCUACCUAGGUUUUGUAAAUUGAUAUUACUUUUUUUUAUUCAUGGUCUUGCCAGUUUCUACUCUGUAUUCAGUAAAGUAAUAUUUGAAGUCAAAAUGUAAUAUAGGAUUUAUAUUUGUAUAUCGUUGUUGAAAUAAUCAUUUGUUUUCUUCAAUAUUUCAAAUAAUUUGACAUGAAUGCCAUUUUGCUCUAUUGGGUUUGUGAUUUUUUAAGUAAUAGGACUACUAAUUAACAAAUUCUCUGAAAUAUCAAUUAAAUUUUCUUAAGCUUAAAAGGUAUAUUUUGUUUAAUUACGUGCUGGCUAUUAAUGUUUUGUAAAUGAGAGACACUGAAAGUAUUCAUCAAGAGCAAACAAUUGAUUUUUGGGGAGUUUUUCACAAAGAGUUAAGUGUGACUUCAAAUCACAUUUAGGGUGCGUUUAUGCGCCACUUUUUUACCAUAGAAUGAUGAUUUGAAUCAUGAUUCUGCAGAAUCACGAUUGCAUUUAGUCAAAAGUGAAAAUAGGUCUUUCAAAUCACAAACAUGAAACAUGGAAAAAAUUGGAAAUAGGUUUCUGUAGAAUCACGAACGAAAAAGGUCGUAUAAACGAAAUCGUGAUUUGAAUAAUAAUUCUAUGACGUCACAGGCUUCUUCCGGUUUGACUCUUGCCAAGCUCAAGGCAUGCGCUAUUAUAUGUGUCACAUGCAUUUAACUUCAUGUUCUGUGUUGGUCAUCGCAUCAUCCACUGCUUUUCUUUUUUUGUCAUGGCUUUAACUUCCAGUUCUAGUUAAUGAAUUAACUGGACAGACAAUGAUCUCAAUUUGGCAGUCGAUGGAUUUCUUACUAGUGGGUCUCGCGUGCUGCGACGCCACUUCUGGCGUCCACAACACACAACUUCUAUAGCUUGAUUUUUCUGUGCGUGGCGGCAUCUACAGUGUAAUGAGUAACUAUUAUCCAGAGUUGUGAGAGUGCAUCUUUUUAGCUAAUAUCAGCUAUUUUUGCUCUUGAAUUUCAGCUUAAUUUCAGCUUUGUUUAGCUUUCCUUUGUACUGUGGGAGCUCUUCCAAUUUCAGCUUUCUUCAGCUCUUUUAAUUUGUGAUCACUCACAUCCCUACUUAUUAUACAUGCAUAAAUUUCAGAUAUUGUCUGCAUUGCUUCUGAGUAACAAACUUAAAGGGGAAUGAAACCUUUGGAACUAGUAGGCCUGUGUCAAAACAGAAAAAUCUAAGAAUAAGAACAAAGAAAGUUUGAGAAAAAUCGGACAAAUAAUUAGAAAGUUAUGAGCAUAUGAAUAUUGCAAUCACUAAUGCCAUGG